GUUACACCAUCUCCUUCAAAUCGAAAUUACUCUCAAUCUCCUUCAAAUCAUAUCCAAUUAAACCCAGAAAAUAAAUCCUCAUCAAUCAAUAUCAAUAUUCUCAGCUUUCAUUUCUCUCAAAUCUCAAAAUAGCUCGCUGUAAAAAUUAAAAAAUCGGUCUCAUCAAUGGCGGCUCAUUCCAACAGUUCCCUCUCUCCACUCCCUUCCAAAUCCAUUAAUCCAAAUCCAAGAAACCCUGAAACCAAUUCAAUAAUCCGCAGAAGCUUCACUGCUACCAACAAACCCUCGCCUGCUAAUAGCCCUUCAGAAUUUGGGGGAAGAAGAUGUGUGGGUAGAGAUUGCGAAGAGAAGGAGAAUGGUGAAAAAGAUAGCUUUUUGAAAGGUUCGAAACUGCAAUCUCCGGCGAAGGGUUGCAAGAAUUUCAUGGCGCCCACGAUUUCUGCAGCCUCGAAGUUCACUCCUUCGCAGAGGAAGAAGGUGUUGGUGGAUAGGAAUGAGCCUGUUCGGACCUCCAUCUCAUUCUCCGAUGGAAAGGCCAUGUUUUUCUCUAAUGAGAAUAUGUCAGCUUCUGUUGUUGAGACUCAUCCGAUUUCGAAGCCUUGCAAGAAGGUGACUUUUUCGGAUGAAUCAGUGAUUACUGAUUCUGAUGGUGUGGGAGUGGAGUCUAAGGUUGUUCAGUCUCCCAUUGAUGUUGAUCCGUGUCUCCCGCCUUAUGAUCCGAAAACGAACUACUUGUCUCCGAGGCCUCAGUUUAUUCGUUACAAGCCGAAUCCCAGAAUUGAGAUGCUCUUGAACAAGGAUAAGGGGAUGGAUUCGGAUGACUUUGAAUGUAGCCUAAUGGAAGAGAUGAUGGCUGAGGGGUUUUCAGACUCUGAUGAGGCCUCAGCUGAUAUGGUGAUUGGAUCGGAUAAAGAGAUAGAAGCCGUUGAUCAUGUCUCAGACUCGCCUUUUUUGGCAUUGCCGAUUGUUACAGCUCAAGCUGAUAAAAUCUUGGAGGAGGAAUUUGUUGGGAGUGAUGGGAAGAAGGCAAUUGAUCAUGUAUCUGAGCUGCCUUCUUUGGCAUUGCCGGUUAGUACAGCUCCAGCUGAUGAAAUCUUGAAGGAGGAAUUGGUUGGGAGUGAUGGGAAGAAGCCGAGGAGGGUGGCAAGAUCGAUGUGUUUUUUCACUGUGGUUCUUGUAUUGUUGGUAGCAGCUGGUGUGUCGGUUUCUGUGACGCGCGCUCCUUCAUUUGAUGAGUCGUCGUUGUUGUUCGUCAAGGACCUGAGCUUGUCUGAUUUGAGUACUAGCAGCUUGUAUGAGCAAUCAAGGGCUGUUGUUGUUUCUGCAAAGUUGAAUGUAGGUCGUGUGGCGGCUAGUUGUGCAGCUCUCGUGUUCAAGCUAGCUAACGAGCUGGUUGAAGGCAAGAAACAAGCUCCCGUGCAGUUCAUGAACCUGUCUGAUCUGCAAGAGAAUGCUUGGAAGGAGGCUUAUUUCCUGAAACGAGUGGAGAGCAUUGAAGAAGACGAGUUUGAAGAGGAACUGGAUAGUGAAAUUGAAGAUGAAGCCUAUGCAGAUGAGGAGCUUGAUCUUGAAGGUGAAACUGAUGCAUUUGAAGAGGAAGAAGCUGACUUGGAUGAUUACAUUGAGAAGGAUAUUGAUGAAACUAUUGCAGAAACUGCUUCUGAUACCGUGAUUCAACCAGAGAUGGAUCAAUCAGCUCCUGUUUCUCUCAAUCAAGAAACUGAUGUGGAAACUGCAAUAGAAACAUCUCACAUGGAAUCUGAAUCUAUGCAAAAUAUCCAGAUUCAGACAGACAUGGAUCAAUCAUCUGCUGAUCCUCAGCAUCAAGAAACUGAAAUGGAAAUGGAGAAAUCACAAGUUGACAUCAACGCUGGAGCUUCUGAUAACGCUGAGACGGAAUCAAGUGAUAUCGCAUUGGCAAUUACUUGUUUGUUGGCAGGUGUGGCUGGAGUUGCAGCCUUAGUGUACAAGAGGUUUCCCGGCUCCUCACCUAAGGUUGUGCAAGUGGAGCAAGUCGUGCCAGUUGAGAGCAAACAACGGGACGGAGGGGUUACUAAAAGCAGCAACACUGAGGCUAUGGAGCAAGCAGAGAGUUGGCAAACGGAAAUGAGCAGCAGCUAUCAUGAGAGGAGUGGUGGUGGAGGCGAAGUAGUGAGCUCGGAGAGGAAGGCUAGAAGGUUUUCGAAGAGGGAAUCGUUGGCUUCAUCCUCGGGGUCGCCUUCUUAUGGAAGCUUCACCACUUAUGAGAGGAUUCCCACCAAGGCUAAUGGCUAUGGAGAGGAGGAGAUAAUGACUCCGGUUAGGCGAUCCAGCCGAAUUAGGAAGAAGUUCACCUAAGUGUUCUGCAUUAGAAUUAGAAAUAGAAGUAUAAAUAGUAGAAACAUCAAACAAGUAGUAGUACUUAGUACUUUCCAAUAAAAGAUAACAGUUCCAUGUAAAUAACUUUAUAUUCCUUGCAAUACUCUUCUGAUUGUAGUG